AUGUCAACCUCCUCAUGGGUCCGAGGGCUUUAUAUUAUGCGGCGAUUCGGGGCCAAUGCUGCACUAGGCGAACGGGCCAUGUCACUCAAGAUUGCCAAUCACAAGGUGGUGGAUUGUCUGGUGCGUAUGAACUGUAAUCCGAGAGCCGAUGGCGACUGGCUUUAUUGGCGAGCAUGUGAACUUCAAGAUACGGCUUUGUGUACGAUCAUUCUUGACGGCAUCCAACCUUCCAAACAAACACUGGGUCACUUUGUCAACGUUGCAGCCAUGAAAGGAGCAGCAUCUAUCAUUGAUUUGAUUGUGGAACACUAUGGAGCCGAUAUACACCAACCUGAUGGAGAGGAUCGAGUAUUGAUGCUUGCAUGUGCAGAGAAUCGAGUGGAUAUUGUAAGGCAUUUGGUGGAACAAUAUGGGUGCGACGUACAUUCCAACAAAGAAAGGCACUUGCGACGGGCUUGUCUCCAUGGCCACGUUGAAUUGGUGGAACUCUUGUUGCCAGGAGCCGAUGUACAUGCUUACAAUGACGCAGCCCUUCAAAAUGCAGCACAUGCUGGCCACACUGAAAUUGUAAAGAUGCUCUUGGAUGCUGGUGCGAAUGCUCAGGCCAACCGAAAUGCUCCAUUACAAUACGCCGUCAUCAAUUCAGAUCUCACAUCGAUCAAGCUUUUAAUCAAUGCAGGAGCGGAUCCUCGUGUACAUCAAGAUCGUGCUUUGAGACAUGCAUGUCGUCGAAAUGCUAUGGAUAUCGUCGAGUACUUGCUACAACUAGGAGCCGAUCCAAAUGCCUUGGAAGGUAGCCCGUUACGAGAAGCAUUACGUUCCGCCAACGAGUCUAUCAUAAAGCUGCUGCUUGAACAUGGUGCAGAUCCAAAUAGUUCGGGUGCUUUACGAGGAAUGGAUGAAAUGAUCAAACAGAAAAACAAGGACAUCAUAUCGCUCAUGGUCAAUGCAGGUACCAAAGCCGACAUCAUCUCCUCAUCAUCAUCUUCUUCUUCUACACCACUCAUGGAUGAAAAUAGCUAG